AUGCUGCCUUCGUAUAGGAACGUGAGAUACGCCGCUGUCGGGAUGGGGCCUUCUCUGGGCCUGGGCCGAUGGAGGGUCGUGCUGGCUCUGAUGGCCAUAACUAUGUUUGUUUGCUUCAUCAUGUUCUUCUUCUUGCCCGAAAAUUCUCUGCGACAACCGAUCAAGAAUCUGCCGGUCGGCGACUUCCUAAUCCCGAACGUUCCCCAACACCACCGGCUUGUCAUGAACGAAGACGUACACGUCCAGCAAGACCGGGAGCGUUUGGUGGACAAGAUGCAGGAGUUGCAACUCGAUGUUCCCGAAGAGAAGGCCCAAGAGCCCCCUCGAGAAAAUCUCCACGAGAUCGUCAACCAACAACAAGUGGAAAACAUGAUACAGCGAGUGGAAAACCUCGAGAGUCAGGAUCAGGACCUCGGCAGUCCUAAGGAUUACAAAAUCGUCGAUCCUGAGAACCAGGGCCGUCCAGCUGACGAGGAGACUCGUAAACGUCGAGAGAAAGUCAAAGAGAUGAUGCAGCACGCUUGGAACAACUACGUGAAGUAUGCAUGGGGACAGAACGAGCUCAAGCCCAUCAGCAAACAAGGACACAGCGCCGGCAUUUUCGGCGAUUCGAAGCAGGGAGCAACGAUCGUCGACGGUAUGGACACGCUGUACAUCAUGGGUCUGCACGACGAAUUCGCCAGAGGACGUGAAUGGAUAGCCAACAAUCUCGAAAUAAAGGACUUGGAUUCUGAGAUAAGCGUUUUCGAAACGAACAUCAGAUUCGUGGGAGGCUUGCUCACCUUGUACGCCUUCACCGCCGAUCCCAUGUUCAAAAAGAAGGCGGAUGAAAUAGCGACGGCACUGCUGCCGGCGUUCGACACUCCGACCGGUAUCCCGUAUGCCCUGAUAGUUCCAAAAACACAAAAAGUAAAAAAUUACGCCUGGUCGUCGGCUGGCUGCUCGAUCCUGGCCGAGUUCGGGACCAUGCAUCUCGAGUUCGACUACUUGAGCGAAAUCACCAAAAAACCCAUCUACCAUGAGAAAGUAAUGAAAAUUCGCCGGAAACUCGCUGAAGUCAAGCGACCCAGUGGGCUUUAUCCCAACUACCUCCAUCCCAAAACCGGCUCUUGGGGUCAAGAAUUCAUCUCAAUGGGGGCCCUAGGCGACAGUUUUUAUGAGUAUCUUCUCAAAGCUUACGUACAAAGCGACGGUGAAGAUGUUCAAGCGAAAGAACUCUUCGCGAACGCCAUGGAUGCAGCUGAAGAGCAUCUUCUGAAGAGGUCAGAGCGCGAGGGGAUGCUGUUCCUCUCGGAAAUGCGAUAUGGCAAAAAUGAGAUGAAGAUGGACCACUUGACGUGCUUUGCCGGAGGCCUGUUCGGAUUGGCUUCGACUUACUACCAAGACAGAGCCGAGAAGUACUUGAGAAUCGGCGCCGAGCUUACGAGUACAUGUCACCAGUCCUAUAACAGAUCGGACACCGGACUAGGUCCCGAAGCGUUCAGAUUCAGCCCGAAAACCGGAGACGCCAAAGCGAUUCGACAGACCGAAAAGUACUACAUCCUGCGACCCGAAGUCAUUGAAUCCUACUUCUAUCUGUGGCGAAUCACAAAAGAUCCCAAAUAUCGUGAUUGGGGCUGGGAAGCCGUGAUCGCGCUCGAGAAAUACUGCCGCACGCCAGGCGGUUUCAGCGGCAUCAGAAAUGUCUACCAGAAGGACUCGAUCAAGGACGAUGUCCAGCAGAGUUUCUUCCUCGCGGAGACGCUCAAGUAUCUCUAUUUGUUAUUCUCAGAGGACGACCUUCUGCCCCUCGACCAAUGGGUGUUCAACACCGAAGCUCAUCCUUUCCCAAUUAGGAAUAAGAACCCCAUUUAUAGCAAGAACAAGCUAUGAAAUUCAAAUGAGGCCGCAUGAACGUCAAUGGAGAGGAUCGGUUCGGCGCAUAAACCGUCAGAUAGGCGGAGGUCACGCACGAUUCCGGACAGACUCUCGGCCGCCAGCUGAUGGUGGGGUGGUCGGCGAUUCAUCGCCAGAUCUCCAUUGAAGCAUCGCCUUCCUCAUCCCUGGGCUUCAAUGCUGAAAAGUAUCUCCGUCUUCGAGGAAAAUAUCGCAAGAUUCGAUCGAGCUUGAUGCGGAAUUCGCAACGCAUUGAGUCAAAGCCGCUCAUGAGAAUUCCGGGGAAAAAUCUGGGGGCUUCUAAGAUUCAUUGGGUGGUCGCGCCCAAACUUCACUUCUAUUAGUUGUUUUACGUUAUGUUGCUCAAAGUAUAUCGUGUUUCCCCCGCCAUAUUCCCUUUUUUGCGCGAAUGCGUCGUCCCUCACAUGUGUUAGUUGUUCUACUGAUGAUGAUGAUGGUGAUCAAGGAUUAUUAUAUAAUGAUGAUAGUGAUGAUGGAGAUUGC